CCGAAGAUGAAGGCAAUGGACAAGCUCAUGGUCUUCGAACAAGGCACACUGCCUUGCCGAGUACCAACGCUUGACAUCCGUCCCAGACAUUCAAAUGGGCUUCAAGGCCAUUAAACACUACUUCAUCUCGAGGUCGUGUCCGGCGUUGGGCAAUGCCUUGACUCAUGUCGAGGAUACUUUGACAACACCGGCGGAGCUCUUCGACAAGGCUGCGCAGAUCAUUAUCACGAACGAGGAGGCCAAGAAUCUCCUGUGUUCGUUUGGGCCAAGCCUGAGCAGAGAUCAGCAUCGGCUGAAAGUGGCCGUGGUCACGGCGGCAACGCCAAACGACCAAACUAACGAGGCCGUGUCUACCAAUGAAGGGGACAGACUUGCAGCCGGCCGGGAAGGUGGCCGCCCCUGCAAAGGCCGAGGACGUGGCAAGGCGAAGACAAACACCACAUCUAGGCUCGGCCCGGCGCAGCAGCUCCAGCCCCAUGGUCCCAUUACGUUGGAUUUGAAGUCGGGAUAUCAUAAAAUCUCGAUCCGACUGAACGAUUGUUACAAAUCCACGUUCAAGACGUGGUAUGGGCAUUUUGAGUGGGUGGUCAUGCCUUUUGGCCUCACCAACGCCCCGACGACCUUUCAAACGGCAAUGACCAACGAGUUUCGUGCAAUGUUGGACCGGUUCUUGCUGGUCUUCUUAGACGAUAUUCUCGUCUAUAGCCAGUCAUUGGAGGAUCAUCUUGAGCACCUUCGACGAGUGUUGGAGACGCUCCGCCGUGCCAAGUACAAGGCCAACCGCGACAAGUGUGAAUUUGUCCGGCAAGAGCUGGAAUACUUGGGCCAUUUUGUCACACCGGAGGGCAUCAGUCCGCUAUCGGACAAGAUUCAAGCCAUCCAAGAGUGGUCGGAGCCACGGAACGUCACAAAUGUUCGUUCGUUCCUUGGCCUCGCCGGCUACUACCAGCGUUUUAUCAAGGGCUACUCGAAGAUUGCGGCCCACUUGACCAAGCUUCAAUGCGAGGAUCGGCCGUUUGACUUCGGAGAGGAUGCACGGGAAUCAUUUUUGGCUCUCAAAGCCGCAUUAUUAUCUGCGGAGGUCUUGCGCAUAUACGACCCGCUUUUGCCUACACGCGUCACUACGGAUGCGUCCGGCUAUGGCAUUGGUGCUGUCCUCGAGCAACACGAUGGCGUGGAUUGGCACCCGGUCGAGUAUUUCAGCAAGAAAAUGCCCGUCGUGCACUCCAUUGACAAUGCACGCAAGAAGGAGCUCCUCACCUUCGUCCACGCGCUCAAGCGGUGGCGGCGCUUCCUCCUUGGUCGAAGCCAACUCCGAUGGGUAACGGACAACAAUCCGUUGGUCUUUUACAAGACCCAAGACACCGUCAACAACACCAUCGCUCGAUGGAUGGCAUUCAUUCACCAGUUCGACUUCUUUCCCGAUCACAUUCCGGGGAAGUCGAACCGUUUUGCGGAUGCUCUUUCACGAUGUCCAGAUCAUUGUACCACGGUCUAUUCAACCUUCGAGUUCAACAACGACCUUCGGGACAACUUCAUCCACGGCUACCAAGCCGACCCCGAGUUUCGCGACAAGUACUCGAAUUGCUCCUCUCCUAAUCCGGCGCCUUCUCACUUCCAUAUCCAAGAGGGGUACUUGCUUGUCCACACACGGAGGAAGCCCCUUCUUUGCGUACCGAGUGACCCUCACUUGCGUACACGGCUUCUUGGCGAGUUCCACGAUGCUCCUGCCAACGGACACUUUGGAGUCAAUCGCACGACUGGCCGAUUCCGCAGGCGAUUUUGGUGGCCCGGCCUUCUCGGCGACAUCACACGCUAUUGCGAGUCAUGCGAGAUUUGUCGACGCUGCAAAUCCCGCAACCAUCGUCCAUACGGCGACUUGCGACCAUUACCGGUCCCCUUGCGGCGAAGGGAAGCGAUUGUCAUGGACAUUAACGGCUCGUUCCCCAAGCACAAGACCGACGUGGAUGGGAUUCUCACGGUGGUCGACCGACUCACCAAGUUUGCCAUGUUUUUGCCUUGUCGCUAUCAUGCCAAGGCACCGGAGUUGGCCGAGGUUCUUUGCGCCAGUUGGAUUCGAACCAAGGGUUACGCCAAGGAGAUCGUUUGCGACCACAACAUUCAGUUCAUGUUCGAUUUUUGGUUGGCGCUCAUCAAACGAUGGGGCUCAUCUCUCAAGCCAAGUUCGGCUCGCCACCCUCAAACCGAUGGCCAAACGGAGAGGGCGCAUCAAACAGCACAGGUUCUCCUCCGCACUCUUAUCCGCCUCCACCAGAAGGAUUGGGUUGAGAGGCUGUCGGAUGUCGAGUUAGCCUACAACUCGUCCAUCCACCUGGCUAUCGGGAUGUCGCCCUUCGAGUUCGAGCAUGACUCGCCGGUCACCUCGUCGUUGGACACAAUCAUUCCACGAACGGUCGAGAGCGACGACCAUCUUCUUUUCUUGCGUCGGAUGCAAGAGCUACUUGUCAAGGCACGCGACCAGAUAGCCAAGACGCAGCAACGCAUGAGCCAACAGGCCAAUCGCCAACGUCUUCCUUGCCCAUUCCGCGCCGGUGAUCUCGUUUGGGUUUCGGCCGCGGAAUUCAGCCUUGGACAAGAUAUCUCUAGCAAGCUCCUCCCGAAAUGGAUGGGGCCCUGGCUGAUCGUGGCACCCGCCGAGGUUGCACCUGAGGGACCUUCCUUCACCAUUCAGGUGCCCGCCCACUUGCCCGUCUACCCAGUCUUUCAUUGCUCCAAGUUGGCUCUUUACACGCCAGCGGAAUAUGACGAUUUUCUCGGGCGAGGUUCGCAAGACCCACCCUCUAUGGACGGUUUUCACGAGGUCGGCGACAUCAUCUCCCAGCGAUCGCUACGACAACAGGGCAACCGAGUACUUGGUACACUUUGCGUACUGCACUCGCAAAGCUGACCGUUGGUUGACCCGUGCGGAACUCCAAGCAACAGCUCC